AUUCUCCGUAACACUUCAACAAUGAAGCUUUACCGAGAGUGUGGUUGUAAGUGACUGGCAAUACCGAAAUUAUUCUGAGUAUGCGGAUGAUGGGCUGGCACUGGGUACUGUUAGCUACAGUACUUGUGCAAACUGCGCAAAGUGAUGAUGUACACAGCUUAGCAUUUAAUGUAGACACAUAUGAACCAUCAUGGGUAUACAAAUGCGAUCCGGAAUACGGAUGCGAGAGGUCAGACCAACCGUCUCAAGGUCACACCGUGAAUGCGACGAACGUCUACCAGAGCUUGGACCUCUGCAGAACUGUGUGCGGUCGCUUCGGCGGCAUAUGGCCAAGACCAGUCACUGCCUCAUUGAGUCCAAACACAGUUAAAAUACAUCCCAAUUACAUCAGGUUUGACCUAAGAGAUGUCCCCGUGGAGACGAGAGAGAUCCUGGUGGAAAUGACGCAUAUCACCACCGCUAAUUUAUUAGCUGAAUGCAGAGGGAACGUCACCGAUGUGGUAGCCACGCCAGUGACCGUCUUCUUAUCAGUCAAGUCCUCAAGUCUCGUAUUAACAUGGGACACUAACGAAGAAUACUUCUUAGAUGUUCAGAGUAAAGGUGAUAGCGUAACAAUUCAUAUAUCAGCAGAAACAGUAUACGGCGCGCGCCAUGCGUUAGAAACACUUACCCAUCUAACAGCCUCCGAUAGACCGGUUCACUCGAAUGAACAUAACUGCGGUCUUCACAUCGUCGCCGGCGCUAAAGUACGAGACAGACCCGCUUACGGUCAUCGAGGCUUGGUGCUGGAUACUUCUAGAAACUUCAUGCCUAUGGUCGAUAUAAAGAGGACGAUCGAUGGAUUGGCAGCCACUAAGAUGAACGUAUUUCAUUGGCAUGUUACAGAUUCUCACAGCUUUCCUUUAGAAUCAAAGAGUGUGCCGCAAUUUACCAAAUACGGCGCGUAUUCUGCACACGAGUUGUACAGGACCGAGGAGGUCCGCGAGCUGAUCCACUACGCGAAGGUGCGCGGCGUGCGCGUCGUUAUUGAGAUAGACUCGCCCGCGCACGCCGGCAACGGUUGGCAAUGGGGCAAGGAUUAUGGCUACGGUGAUCUGGCAGUAUGUGUGAACGCGGAAUCCUGGCGGAGGCUGUGCAUCCAGCCGCCGUGCGGGCAGCUGAACCCCGCCAACCAGGCCGUGUACCGCGUACUGAGGUCACUGUACAAGGAUAUACUGGACCUCAUGCCCAAGCCUGCGCUCUUCCACGUCGGAGGUGAUGAGGUACACUUAGGUUGCUGGAAUUCCAGUGAGGAGAUAGUUAAUUACAUGAAAAAUAAAGGCUUCGACACUGAUGUGGAAGGCUUCAUCAGAUUGUGGGCGGAGUUCCAUUCGAAGGUUCUCCAGAUUUGGGACGAAGAGGUCUUGGCUUCAGGAGGUGAGAAGCAGCCCGUUCUCAUUUGGUCUUCAGAACUCACCCAACCUGGAAGGAUCCAGAACUAUCUUGAUAAGGAUAGAUACAUAAUAGAAGUAUGGGAGCCAUUAAGCAGUCCCUUGCUGAGUCAGCUGAUGCGUUUGGGAUACAAGACGAUAUCCAUACCCAAAGACAUCUGGUACCUGGACCACGGGCUGUGGGGCAGCACCAAGUACUCGAACUGGCGGCGCAUGUACGCGCACCUGCUGCCGCGCGACCCCUCCGUGCUCGGCGGAGAG